AUGGCCUCUUCCCCCUCGCCGGCCUCCGCCAUCUCCGGUGACGCGCCGCCGCGCGUGGUCGAGGACUGCCUCGGCAUGGUCCAGCUCCUCAGCGACGGCACCGUGCAGCGGGCCGUGCCGCCCCUCGUCCUCCCCGGUACGCCAUCGCAGACCACGUCUCCUGUCCCGUGGAAGGACGUCACCUACGACGAGACCCGCAACCUGCGCCUGCGCAUGUACGUCCCGUCCACCGACGCGGGCAAGAAGCUGCCGGUGCUCGUCUACUUCCACGGCGGCGGCUUCUGCGGGGGCAGUUUCGCCAUGCCCGGCUUCCACGACGCCUGCCUCCGCCUCGCCGCCGAGCUCCCCGCCGUCGUGCUCUCCGUCGACUACCGCCUCGCGCCGGAGCACCGCCUGCCCGCGGCGCUCGAGGACGUCGACACCCUCUUCUCCUGGCUGCGCGGCCAAGCCAUGGACGGGUGCCUCCUCGCGGGACCGGCGGACCUCGGGCGCGUGUUCGUGUCGGGCGACUCGGCGGGCGCGAACAUCGCGCACCACGUGGCCGUCCGCGUGGGAUCGGGCGCGCUGGACGCCGGCCCUGUCCGGAUCGCCGGGUACGUGCUCCUCUGGCCGUACUUCGGGGGCGAGCGGAGGACGGCGUCGGAGGCGGCGUGCCCGGCUGGGGUGUUCCUGACGCUCGAGCUGUACGACCAGAUGUGGAGGCUGGCGCUGCCGGCGGGCGCGAGCAGGGACCACCCGGCGGCGAACCCGUUCGGCCCGGAGAGCCCCCCGCUGGACGGCGUGGACCUCCCGCCGGUGCUCGUCGCGGUAGGCGGCGGCGACAUGCUUGUCGACCGGAGCGCGGACUACGUCGCUCGGCUCAAGGCCGCCGGCAAACGCGCGGAGCUGGUGGAGUUUGCAGGGCAGGGCCAUGGGUUCUCGGUGUUCGAGCCACAUGGCGAGGCGGCGGGUGAGCUGGUCCGCGUCGUGCGCCGCUUCGUGCUCAGCGCGCCGCCCAACUGA